AUGCAUGACCCUCACUCUCCCAUAGCGGGGUGGUCUGAUAAUCGGGGAUCGUGCAGCACGUGCUCACGUCUUGUCUGUGUUCCCAGGGUCACCAGUAGAGGGCUUCUGAGCAUGGACUCAAAUACAUCAGCUUGGGUGACAGAAGUCACAACAAGGAAAGGAAAGGGGGAAACUGCUCCUGGAGCUUUCAACGAAAAGGACCUGACGCCGAACCUGGUGAUCCUCAUCUCUGGCAUGGUUGGGCUCGCAGGAAAUUCGGUCGUGCUCUGGCUCCUGGGUUUCCGCAUGCGCAGGAACGCCUUCUCCGUCUACAUCCUCAACCUGGCUGCAGCAGAUCUCCUCUUCCUCUGCUGCCACCUUAUAGAUUCCCUGCUGGUAGUCCUCACGUACUUCCAUUCCCACGUUUUCUUCCUCCCCUGCUAUAAGACCGUCAUGAUGAUUCCCUACAUCACAGGCCUGAGCAUGCUGAGUGCCAUCAGCACCGAGCGCUGCCUGUCUGUCCUCUGUCCCAUCUGGUACCGCUUCCGCCGCCCCAAACACACCUCAGUCACCGUGUGUGUCCUGCUCUGGGCCAUGUCUCUGCUGAUGUGCAUUCUGAACAAGUCUUAUUGCGGUUUGAUGGAUCCCAAGGAAAAGACCGCCGAGUGUCUGAGAGCUAAUUUUUCCACGGCUGCGUGCCUGGGUGUUUUAGUCCUGAUCCUCUCUGGGUCCAGCCUGGCCAUACUGCUCAGAUUCGUGCGUGGCGGCAGCAGGCAGGUGCGGCUGACCAGACUGUAUGUGGCCAUCCUGCUCAACGUGCUGGUCUUCCUCCUCUGUGGCUUGCCCUUGGGCGUCUACUGGUUCGUGUUAAUCUGGAUUCAGGAUAAUUUUAGUGAUAAUUUGCAAUAUGGGCUUUACCUGACCUCGGUUGUCCUGUCCUCCGUGAACAGCUGUGCCAACCCCAUUAUUUACUUCUUUGUUGGUGCCUUCAGGCAUCAGCUGGGGAGGCAGACGCUGAAGCUACUUCUGCAGAGGGCUCUGCAGGACACCCCUGAGGAGGAUGAGCGUGGAAGCCGAGCUCCUCAGGGAACCGUGGAGAUGUCAGUGAGCAGGGAGGAGCAGUGAUGAA